AUUGUAUUCACCUUUUCCUUUCCUCCUUUUCUACUUUAGUAUAUUCUCAACUUUAUUUUACCUUCUUCCUUCAUGGCUUCCUGUGAUAAGAGAACAAAUGAAAUCUCCCCUAACCAUGUUGAGAUUCCUGUCUACGCAAACGGUGUCGAGCCAAAAGCAAGUGCGGAGGUUGAAGAGAGCAACAUUGACUUCUGUCAGAGGGCACAGUGGCUCCGUGCAGCUGUUUUGGGAGCCAAUGACGGGUUGGUCUCUGUUGCAUCCUUGAUUAUGGGUGUCGGAGCUGUUAAGCAAAACAUCAGCGCCAUGCUUCUUGCUGGCCUUGCAGGGACAAUUGCUGGGGCUUGUAGCAUGGCGAUUGGAGAGUAUGUCUCAGUGUCCACACAGUAUGACAUAGAGCUGGCUCAAAUUGAAAGAGAGAAAGAAAUUGAUAUCGCUAGCGCAGGAGAAGAAGCUCGGAAGAAGAAGCUGCCAAAUCCAUAUCUAGCUGCUCUAGUAUCAUUUAUUGCAUUUUUUGUGGGUGCUGUGGUGCCACUGCUAGCAGCUGCAUUUAUAAGUGACCAUAAGAUUCGGCUGGCCAUUGUUGCGGUUGUGGCUAGUCUUGCAAUGUUGGUAUUUGGAGGGGUAGGUGCAGUGCUUGGAAGAACUCCGGUAGGGAAAUCCUGUCUCAGAGUGCUGAUUGGAGGUUGGAUGGCCAUGACUGUAACAUUUGGCCUGACCAAGUUAUUUGGCUUUCUGCACUUUGAAAGUCAUUAGUAUUACAGUAGCAGAUUGAUU